AUGAAGCCAAGGGCGUUUCAAGCGCUUGAAACCCUCUUUGAUCCAGCACUGAAGAUGAAUUAUUUAGGCAGGGCCGGUUUCAAGGAAGUCUGUGAGCAUCCAAACAGCUCCUGCCAGGAAUUAUGCAUUGACUCAGAAAUCCAGGCUGGGAGAUGUUUGGACGGCCGACCAUGCUGCCUGCCCAUGGUGCACGUACCUGAAGUCGACCCUACUACACCCAAGGAGCACUGA